AGUUGUUACUGAACCAAUUAGGAAAACGAAAUGGCAAUGGAGUCUUUCUACAGAAAUGCUGUAUUUAUUAACAAAGGAAUUAAAGAAUUUACCAAGGAAGGAUACAACAAAGCUGAAGAAUCUUUCGUCCCAAAUGCCCUUGAUGUUGAUUUGUCGGAAAAGGCUUUUAUGGUAACUGGCGCAAACAGUGGUAUAGGAAAAUCUGCAGCUGAAAUGUUUGCGCAAAAGGGUGGUACUAUACACAUGGUUUGCCGAAAUCCUGAGCAGGGUGAGGAAGCCAAAAAUGACGUUAUUCGAAAAACAGGAAAUCAGAACAUCUAUCUCCACAUCCUUGAUAUGUCAAAACCAAAUCACAUUUUUGAAUUUGCAAAAAGCUUCCAAGAAAACCAGCCAUUGUUAGAUGUUCUAGUUAAUAAUGCAGGUUGUACGAUCAAAACAAGAGAAAAACAAGAAGAUGGACUUGAAGAGAAUUUUGCAACCAACACUCUUGGAACUUACAUCCUAACAACUGAAUUAAUUCCUCUACUUAGAUCUAGUGAAGGCAGAGUGAUAACUGUAUCAUCAGGUGGCAUGUACACAGCAAAACUAAACAUUGAGGAUUUUAACAGUGAUAAGAUGAGCGAGUUUGAUGGUACUUUUGUCUGUGCUCAAAAUAAGCGUCAACAAGUUGUGAUGACAAGCCAAUGGGCAAAACUACAUUCAAAUAUACUGUUUUCCACUAUGAACCCCGGUUGGACAGACACCCCCACUGUGAGAACAUCAAUGCCGGCGUUCUACAAUACAUUCAAGGAGAAACUACGAUCUCCAGAGCAAGGAGCAGACACCAUUGUCUGGCUUGCGAUCGCUGAUAAACCAAAAAAGCUAGAAAAUGGCCAAUUUUUCAUAGAUAGGAAAGUUGCUUGUCCACAUCUGCCUCUAGCCUGGACAAAAUCAACCCCGGAAGAAAAUGAACAAUUGAUGGUGAAACUUAAAAAACUCUCUGAAUCUAUUAAGUCACGGAUGUCUGAAGCGGCAGCUUAGCCUACUUAACUUUAAGCCUAAGUAUAAUGUACUAUGCUAUGUGCUAUGGCCAGGCAAUAUAUUCGUUUACAUCCCACCAUGUGAGCUACUGUAGCUGCUUUUUCAAGAAUAUAAGUUUUAAAUUGUAUUUUAUUAAUUUCUUCUUUAUUCUGGGUAGAAGUCCAAUACAUGGUUUUCCUUAAAGUGUCUUUCAUUGACUGUGAGUUAACUGGGUACACACUGCGUCAUUCGACUGUUUCUUGAUCUGACGAAUUCUCUCCACUCUCUGACGUGAGUCCCUAAUCAACACAACGCCCCUGCUGAUUGUUGAUGGCAGCCAAAAACUAUAGAUUGUCAUAAAAAAUGAUCUGUCGAGCGCUGCCUCGUUAAAUUGUGCUCUCGAUGGAAUCAUGUCGGCCAGCGAGACUGUCGGCGCAGUGAGUGGCCGGCUUAAGAAAGACAAUUUGCAUUAAAGUAUAUUAAUUUAUUAUAAUUAUAUAAUUAUUAUUACCAUAUAGGCCCAAUACUAAAUUUCAGCUAAGUGUUCAGUAAUCUGGCGCAAUAAUCUUGAAUGAAUUAUCUCUUACGAUAAGGAAUGCAAAACAUAGUUAGAGUUUCAAAAAGAAAGUUUAUUACCAGUGUAUAAAGCCGGGCACAGCUCCUGACGGUCGUCGGUCGACGCGAUUCUAUGAAGGACCAGGGGCGGAUCCAGAAAUAUUCUGACGGGGGGAAGGGGGAGCAAUAAGUAUCCACACUCACCUCACCACCAUGGUUGGGGCUGAGGUGAGCAAAUUUUAAGAAAAGACGCAGUGUUCCUCGAAAUAAAUAACUUCCUACUUACGGGAGCUAUGCUUCCCCUCCCUUAGACACCAGUCCCCUCAUGAGCGUCACAAAGGUUUAAUCAAUUACCUAUAGUCUGGGAGUCGCAAAGCAAAUUAUGAUUAUGGCACAUCUAGAUGCCCGGAAAUGGCACUCAUUCAGACUUUAAUAUUUUUUCUCUUUUUUAUUUUUGUUAUUUUGACAAAUGUAGGGUGGCCCUGGCCGGCCGGCUGAACACCCUACCCCCACUGGAUUAUUAUGAUAUAUGCCAUACAGUCUAUGUCAGAAACACGCUGUCAUUUAUUAAAGCCAUUGGGGAUCAGGGUGCUAUAGAGCGAGGACCUUACUGGACCCUCAUGGGUUGGGGAACUAAAGGGGCCCUAAGGUCCGAUGGCAUACGGACCACCGCACGAGAGCGCAUAGGCGUUACGCCACUGAGCAUGGAUAGCUGUUCUAUAGCUGGGUACUACAUUCUUUUUUAGAUCCUGAUUUAUGAAAUCGUCGGGGAUAUAGCGUUGUGUUCGUCGUCAAUCAAUAGAAAAUUCAAAAUUAGUGAGUGUUAAAACAAUCAAGCUCUUCUUUCGCCCCACUCCUGGAUCCGCCACUGCACCCCCUCCCCCUUCCCCUGCAACGCGAUGACGGGCACGCAACAGAUUG